AAGCGGCGUCUGUGUUGCCAUGGAGCCGGACGGGGCAGACAGGGAGGAAUCUACUACUUCGCAGACUUUUACUAACCCGGAGACUACAUGGGCGUCCACCUCGCAUCUAGCCGGGUCCAGCAGCCCCAGCUGGCCCACCAGGAAGUCCUCUUUGCGGUCCUUAGUCGCCUGCUCCGGCGUCCACCGGUACAGCUUCGCCGCUCGGCCCAAGCGCGUCGGGUUCCCGGGGCUUGAGUCGCACCGGGAGCCGCAGCUGCUGCGUCUGCGCCCCGCCUCGCUGCGCACCCAGGACAUCUCGCACCUGCUGGCGGGUGUCUUCCGCAACUUGUACUCGGCCCAGGUGAUCGGCGAGGACUUGAGCGACAGUCUGAUCAAGGCCCGUGGCAGCGAGGAUGAGCGGCACGAGGAGUUUGUGGACCAGCUGCGGCAGGUUCGUGAGCUCUAUAAGCAGCGGUUGGAUGAGAUUACCAUGUUGGAGAGACAUAUCAUUCAGGCCCGUGCACGGGAUCUUGCGGAAACAGAGCGAGCCUCCCAACAGAACAGAAUACAUGCUCUGGAGAGCAUUGUCAAGCUGCCUCCAGUGAAGACCGUCUUCAGGUGGUGUGUAGACAGCGAGUUGCUGCGGAAACAUAACUUGAUCUGCCCAGAGGAUUAUUACAACGAUCCUGUGCCAUUUUGCUCAGCGCCUAAAGGUACCUCCAUCCCUGGAUGUUCGAAACCAACAUUUAGUUGUGAGAAGCAUUCCAUCCCCAAACAAGAGCUGGACAAGCAGCCCAGCAAGCCCUGUAAGAAGCCUGUUGUAUUUGAUGAUGAGUUUGAGUACACCAUAGACAGUCUGUCCUAUGCCUCAACUUCUAAGGUCAAACAAAGGACCAAAGACACUGUCAAGAAAGCAAGUUCACCUAUGAACAAAAAGUGGAUGAACCACUUGCGGGUGCCACAGAGGGAACUGGAGAGACGUCUGCUGGCCAGGAUGGAGACUCGGAAUCAUUUCCUCAAAAACCCUUGUUUUUUCCCACCUAAUACUCCACAUGGAGGCAAGUCUCUCAUUGUUCCUCCAAGGAAGCAAGCAGGAAGAGCAGGAUCACAGAAUGCACAGCCGGAAGGCAGCUGUGUAGAUACUCCAGUAUUUCUAGCUAAACCGUCAGUUGGAUUUUUCACAGAUUAUGAGAUUGGACCAGUUUAUGAGAUGGUAAUCGCGCUGCAGAACACCACGGCGACCAGCCGACACCUGCGAGUCCUCCCGCCUUCUUCUCCAUACUUUAGUCUGGGGCUGGGGAUGUUCCCAGGAAAAGGUGGGAUGGUGGCUCCUGGGAUGACCUGCCAGUACCUCGUCCAGUUUAUUCCCGACUGUCUUGGGGAUUUUGAUGAUUUUAUUUUGGUUGAGACUCAGUCUGCCCACACACUUGUCAUCCCCCUGCAGGCCCGGAGGCCACCCCCAGUGCUAACCUUGGCACCGGUGUUGGACUGUGGCUACUGCCUCAUUGGAGGAGUAAAGAUAACCAGAUUCAUCUGCAAAAAUGUGGGCUUCAGCAUUGGCAAAUUCUGCAUCAUGCCCCAAAAGAGUUGGCCACCGCCAAGUUUCCAGGCUGUUGCAAUCUCUGGCUUUUUGGAUCAACCUCCCUUUAGAGUCAUGCCUUCAGUGUUUGAGCUGGCCCCAGGCUUUACCAUACUGUUGGAGGUUUUGUUCCUCCCGACAAGCCUAGGAAAAGCAGAGGAGACCUUCAUUAUCGUGUGUGACAACUGUCAGACAAAGGAGCUGGUGAUUGUAGGAACCGGUCAGCUGGUGGCUUUGGAGCUGAUCUAUAUUUCUGGUGGAAAAAGUGAACAAGACCCCGGAGAGCUCAAAGACUUAACAGCCCAAUAUUUCAUCCGAUUUGAGCCUGAAAACCUUCAGUCCACUGCAACACAGCAGCUGAUUAUCAGAAAUGCUACGCAUGUGGAUCUGGCCUUCCACUGGCAGAUCAUGAAGCCCAAUCUUCAGCCUCUGAUGCCUGAAGAAACCUACAGCUUGGAGAGCAUCAAACGCCACCCUGACCAGGAGACGGCCUUCUCCAUCAUGCCGGAAAAGGGGGUCCUUGGUGCCCACUCAGACCACGAGUUCAUCUUGAGCUUUUCUCCUUACCAGCUGAAGUGUUUCCACAGUGUACUGCAAAUGGUAUUGGAAGCUGUUCCUGAACCCUUGAUCUCAGAAAUGAAGAAUUUGGGAGACUACUCCUACUCUGUGGAUGACGUGAUUGUCCUGGAAAUUGAGGUGAAAGGUUCAGCACAACCCUUCCAGAUUCUCUUGGAGCCAUAUGCCCUCAUCAUCCCUGGCGAAAGCUACAUUGGCAUCAACGUGAAGAAAGAUUUUAGGAUGUGGAAUAACAGCAAGUCACCCAUCAGAUACAAGUGGGGGAAGGUCAGCGACUGCCACAUCAUCGAAGUGGAGCCCUGCACGGGGGUGAUAGAGCCCAACGAGGUCGGGGAUUUUGAAUUGAACUUUACUGGGGGUGUCCCGGGCCCAACCAGCCAGGACCUGCAGUGUGAAAUCACAGACUCGCCCUGCCCAGUGGUGCUACACAUAGAGGCGGCCUUUAAGGGUCCUGCUCUGGUCAUAGAUGUCUCAGCCCUUGAAUUUGGUCUGCUCUGCCUGGGGCAGAAGGCUUCGAGCUCCAUCUAUAUCCGGAAUAUCAGUCAGCUACCGGCUGCGUGGUGCUUGAAGGAGAGCGCUGUGUGUUUGGCAGAGAGGCAGGAGGAUGCAUCUCCCUUUGACAUUGAGCCUUGCAGAGGCCAGCUUCACCCUCUGGGGGAGUGCAAAGUGACCAUCACCCUAGAGACUUUGCACUGCCAGCGUCUACAGACUGUACUGGAGCUGGAAGUGGAAAAUGGGACCUGGAGCUACCUUCCGGUAUAUGCUGAGGUACAGCAGCCAUACUUGUACCUGCAGAGCAGCCAUGUGGAGAUCAGCAACCUCUACCUGGGUGUGCCCACAAAGUCAACCAUCACACUCAUCAACGGCACACUCCUGUCCACCCGGUUCCACUGGGGCAAGCUCCUUGGGGCUCAAGCAGCCUUGUGCACAGUGACAGUCUCUCCCAGACAUGGCCUUCUGGGUUCCAGUGAGGAGCGCCAGCUCACCUUGGAGUUCACUGCCCACACACAGGAAGAGCUGACUGAUCUAGUUUUGCCUUGUCAUGUAUCUGGCAUGGAGAAACCACUAGCCCUAGGCAUCUCUGGGAAGCCUCAGGGACUGCAAGUGACCAUCACUAUCUCUGUAGAGGGCGCUGAUGGCAGUGUUGUCAGCACAAAGCAGUGGCCAGGCCAUCUAGAGGAGCUCCGCUUGGACUUCGGCUCGAAGGUGGCACUGAGGACCCAUGUGACCCGCAAGCUCAUCCUGACAAAUUGCUCCCCGAUACAAACCUCCUUCACCCUUACAUUUGAGUACUUUGGGAGUUCCCAAGACAGCCUGAGCAAAAAGACAACCUGCCCUGACAUGCCUCCUGCCCUGCUAAAGACAGCACGUAUCCGAGAGCACAUGGCCAAGAAAGAACGCAUGGACUUUAUGGAGAGUGUGUUAUCUCACAAGAAAGGAGCUGCUUUCUUCCCCAACAUUUCCCAGGGCACUCUAGGAGCCUACCAGCAGCUGAGCAUUGAUAUCACAGGCUGUGCUAACAUGUGGGGCGAGUAUUGGGACAACCUCUUUUGCAUGGUGGGAGAUUUGCCAGUAACUGUCAUUCCGGUGUACAUGGCAGUCGUGGGUUGUCCCAUCAGCUCCCUGAGGAAUACUUGCUACAGCGUGGAUCAGUUUCUGAAGGAGCCUAUCAUCAGGUUUGGGACCCAGAUCUCUGGAGGAGACACCAUCAUCAGAAACCUCCGUCUGUACAACUCCAGCCCCUGUGACAUCCGCCUGGACUGGGAGACCUAUAUUGCAGAAGAAAAGCAAGACCGGCUGCUGGAGCUGCUGGUGUUCUAUGGGCCACCCUUCCCACUGCGAGACCAAGCCGGAAAUGAAAUUGUCUAUCUUGAGACCCCUGAAGAUAGCUUAUCAGGGUCCCUAAGCCCCUCCAAUAUGUUGGAAUCCAGCCAUGCAAUCUCCUUGUUGGCAGAGGACAAUAAUGAUGGCACCAGGGCUGAAGAGCAGAUCAUCUCAGUCAUCCUGCAGGGGCACGAGGGAGUGCCCUGUGACCACCUGUACCGUAUCACCCCCAAGCAGGUGGUCAUCCCUGCUGGGGGUAGCAGCACCAUCCACAUCUCCUUCACACCCAUGGUGUUUGGCCCCGAUGCUACCCACAAGGUGGGGUAUACCGGCUACGCCUUGGGCUUCAUGAGCUUGGAUAAGGAGAUGGAAAGGGAGAUUCCAGGUCGAAGGCGUCGCUUGCAGGGCUUUGCCGUGGGUCCCCUAAGACUAGAUCUGCAUGGCUAUGUGAGGCGUGCGCAGCUGCAUACAGAGCUAGACAGCAGUGGCUACUUGGAAUUCCGGUGUCGAGCCAGUGACCUCAUCCUGGAGCAUCCUUGCUGUGAGGUGCUGAGUGAGCAGCUGACCACGCGCCACCUAAAACUGAUCAACACCACGGAAAUCCCACACUAUUUCCGGCUCCUGGUCUCCCAGCCCUUCUUGGUUUCUCCAGGUGGGGCCAGUCAGGGUUGCAGAGCCCAUUUCCAGGAAUUUGAAGAGGAUAUAGCCUCUGCAGGCCAGCAGCAGAUGCUUCGCCCACAGCAGAGCAUGCUGGUGGAUGUGUCCUUCUCACUGUCCCUGGAGCUGCUGUCCUACCAGAAGCUCCCAGCUGACCAGAUGCUGCCCGGAGUGGAUAUUCAGCAGAGCAAGAGUGGAGAGAAAGAAAUGGUGUUUACUCAGGGUCUGCUCCUAGGGUUCACCAACCAGACCGUGCAGGAGGUGCCCCUGAGGGCUUUUGUGGCUGUGCCAGAGUUGCAGCUCUCUACCAGCUGGGUGGACUUCGGGACCUGCUUUGUGAAUGAGCAGCGCACCAGGAUGGUCUACCUGAUGAACCUCAGUGGCUGCCGAAGCUACUGGACUGUGUUGAUGGGGCAGGAGGAGCCGGUUGAGGAGAAGGCCUUCGGGGUCUACCCAGGCAGUGGUCUGCUGGAGGCCCGACCCACCAAUGCACCUCCAACCUCCAUUCCCCUGCAAGUGCUCUUCACUGCCAGGGGCCACCGGCUAUAUGAGUCCACACUGCUGGUAGAAGGCAUGCUGGGAGAGAAGGCCUGCACCCUGCGGCUGCGGGGCCGAGGCUCCUAUGAUGAGAGAUACAUGGCACCUUACUAGCUCUGAGGCUCCCCAGCCUUCAGUCUCAGCCCCAGCAAGUCAAUAUGGUCCAGGGCUGAGGAACAGGGACAUGGACUAUGGGGCUGGAGCAGUUCCUGAGACUGGGGAGUCCCAUCCAGUGCAAUGGUGUCAGCUGAGGCUCAGCAUGACAGUCUCUAGAGCUAGGCCACUCCACCAUGGAGACCAUGCCACUUAAUAAUCACUGUGCAGUGCAGAGUCCAACAAGGCAAAACCUGGCCCCUGGAAGAAAUGACAGCCACCAAAAUGAGGUAAC